GUACUGAGAGCCUGUUUCGGAACCAAGUUGCCGCUACUGUUGCAAUAGUGAGUUUAUAAGUGGGCAGGAAUGAUUAUAAACUGCCUUCGGAAUACAGUAAAAGGAUUUAUGGUCAGGUGACGGCGCGAGGAUGUCGAGGUGUGGAAGAACUUAAUAACUGGUGCGCUGCGCCACCACCACCACCACCACCACCAUCUCUAUUACUACGACCACACCACCAUCAGUGCCACUACCUCUGAUACUACGACCACCACCCCAACCACUAUCACUACAGAUACUACCACCACCACUACCACUACUGAUAUUACGACCAGCACCAGCACCACAACGAUUACAACAGCGCUAAUACUACCACCACCACCACCACUACUACUGCCACUACUGAUACCACGACCACCACCCCCAUCACCACUGAUACUACCACCACCACCAGCACCACGAUUACGACAGCGCUAUCACCACGACCACCACCACCACCAGCAUCAGGCACCACCACCGCUGUUGGCAGUGAGUCAGUCAGUUAUCUGUGACUGGAGUACCUACUACUAGCGUCGGAGAGAAGCACACAUACAUGUAACACUUUGCCCGGUGUCUCUGUCUUUGGAUCAUUCCGCUGCGGGGCUCCGAGAGGAGAAGGUCGCAGAAGAACAGAGAGGAGAAAGAGACAGAAGAAGUGGUCCAAUUGAGUGUCUUCUACUUCUCUCUCACUCAAAGUCGGGCGUAUUUCCCUCGUCACAUGAUUCAUUCAUUCAUUCAUUCAUUCGUUCGUUCAUUCAUUCAUUCACUGGCUCAGUGUCUCGGAUAGGUGUGGUGUGAACGUGAGACAACGGUUUUCGUGAGAUUGUGUGCAAUUGUUGUGUGGAAUAAUCAACGCGCUGCUGAACAUACCGGGGCUACGCGAUGGAUGAAAGUCAAAACCACGUGAACCCCAACCCGACUCUGAAAGCAAAUUUCUUGUCCAGGGCCACUUUUUGGUGGCUGAACCCGCUGUUCAAGAAGGGAUAUACCCAGCCACUGGAGGAGACAGAUCUCUACAACGUCGUGCCCAAUGACUCCUCGGAGUACCUGGGCAACAAGCUGGAGCUAGAAUGGGAGAAACAGCUGAAGCGUCGAGAAAAGGGCCAGAAGCCGAGUCUGCUGAGGGCGCUGUUCAACGUGUUCGGUGUACAAUAUAUCCUUGUGGGCCUGGUUGUACUUAUGGAGGAAGGCACCAAGGUGGUCCAGCCCCUGCUCCUGGGUGGUCUGAUCCGCUACUUCACACCAGACUCCAACAUGGAGCGGAAGGAGGCGUGGCUGUACGCGAUGGGCGUGUCCCUGUGUGCCGUGAUGUUGGCCGUGGCUCACCACCCUUACUUCUUCUGUGUGCAACGGAUCGGCAUGAGGAUGAGGAUCGCCUGUUGCUCGUUGAUGUAUAAGAAGUGUCUACGCCUAAGCAACAAGGCAAUGGGAGAGACCACAGUAGGACAGAUCGUCAACCUGAUGUCCAAUGACGUCAACAGAUUUGAUCAGUCUGUGAUCUUCCUCCACUUCCUGUGGGUGGGCCCCCUACAGGCCAUCGCGGUGCUGGUCAUCUUGUGGCACGAGCUGGGGCCCUCGGUCUUGGCCGGCUUCUUUGUCCUCUUGUUACUCAUUCCGGUGCAAGGGUUUAUGGGCAAGCUCUUCUCCAAACUCAGACACAAGACAGCCAUCCACACAGACGAGCGAGUCAAAGUGAUGAACGAGAUCAUCUCCGGCAUGCGGGUCAUCAAAAUGUACUGCUGGGAGAAACCCUUUGAGCAACUGGUGGAGAAGAUUCGCAACCUGGAGAUACAGCGACUCCGCUUCGUGUGGAAACUGAAGGCCGUCUUCUUCCUGCCGUUCUUCAUCGCCCUCCACAUGUGUAUGCUGGCGGUGAUCGUCUGCGUCAUGUUGACGCGCGGCGAAAUGCUGGCGGUGCACGUGGUCUACACGGCCGUGGGCCUCUUCUACUCCAUGAGAAUCCCGCUCACAGUGUUCGUGCCCUACGCCAUACAGGCCAUAGCCGAGAUCAAAGUCACCUUCUUGCGGAUCUCG